AUGCCUUUUGGACUCAAGAAUGCGGACGCAACUUAUCCGAGGCUCGUCAACAAAAUGUUUACAGAACAACUUGGCAAGACGAUGGAGGUUUAUAUUGAUGACAUGCUGGUUAAGUCGCUCGAGGAGAAGGAUCACGUGAAGCAUUUGCAAGACUGUUUCGAGCAGCUGAACUUGCAUAACAUGAAGCUGAAUCCGGCGAAGUGUCGAUUCACGGUGACGUCUGGAGUGUUCCUUGGAUACCUCGUAACCCAUCGAGGAAUCGAAGCAAAUCCAAAGCAAACCAAUGCGUUGAUAGAAAUGGCGUCUCCGAGGACGAAACAAGAAGUUCAAAGAAUGACAGGACGCGCAUUCCAAGAUCUGAAAGUCUACUUGGUGAAUCCUCCGGUCCUUGCGAAGCCAGUGGAAGGAGAACCACUGUUCCUGUAUAUCGCCGUGUCAUUAACCGCAGUAAGUGGAGUACUGUUUAACAGAGGCAGAAACGCGUUAUCCGCAAAUGGAGAAGGUUCCCUUAGCUGUCGUAAUGUCGACUCGGAAACUGAGACCAUACUUCCAGUCGCACUCGAUCGUAGUCUGCCACUACGAAGCAUCCUGCAUAACCCAAGCGAGUUAGGAAGGCUAGCGAAAUGGGCGGUGGAGCUAAGUGAAUACGACAUCGAAUACAGGAACAUGUCGUGUGCGAAGUCUCUAGUAUUAGCCGAUUUCUUGAUCGAACUUCCGACAGAAGGAGUAGAAACAGAAGGAGUAGAAGAGCUGACCUCCGAGUCUACAUGGACAUUGCAUAUUGAUGCUGAAUACGAGACAUUAAUCGCCGGACUUCGGCUCGCACUUGAUAUCCGAAUCCAGAAAAUCCGUGCCUUCUGCGAUUCACAGAUAGUUGCGAACCGAAGAAUGAAAGCGUAUCUGAAAGUGGUUCAAGAGUUGACGAAGCAGUUAGAGGAAUUCGAGCUUACACGAAUACCUCGGGGGGAAAAUGCGUCCGCCGACGCCCUAGCUGCCCUCGCUUCAACCUCGGAUCCAGGAUUGAGGAGGGUCAUACCGGUGGAAUCCAUCGACAAACCCGACAUCGGUGUCGUAGACGGAGUCAAUCUGAUCAAUCCUCCCGAAGAAGAGCAAGACAUGGACGAAGAUGUUUCCCGAGAAACAACAGAGUAUGGGAGUGACAAAGAAUGGAUGGGAGCAAUUCGGACGUACAUUGCAGACGGAGAAGUACCAUCAGACAGGUGGGCAGCUCAGAAACUCAAAGCUCAAGCAUUGCUGACCAUUGCUGACGGAAACGUCUUCAAGUGGCAAUUUUCGGGACCAUUGCUGACAUGUAUCAAAGGAGCCGAAGCGAGAAAGAUCAUGGAAGAAGCUCAUAGUGGCGCAUACGGAAACCAUGCGAGCGGAAGAUCUUUAGCAAUCAAGAUAAAGCGACACGGUUACUACUGGCCAACCAUGGUGAAAGAUUGCGAGAAAUUCUCCGUCAAGUGUGAAAAAUGCCAGGCACGCCCCAACCAUCCAUCAGCCUACCGAACUAUUAUCAUCAGUCUCGGCUCCUUAUCCGUUUAUGAGGUGGUCAAUGGACAUCGUCAGACCUUUGCAAAAGUCUAA